AUGGAAAACUCAUCUGGGCUACUGAAUUCGCUGGCUCCUCCAGCACUGAUGGUGUUGGCAUCUACCACCGAAAGCACCAACAGUACCACCACCCUGUGUCAGCAGGGACAGACCUUUGCAGUGCCAGUCACAAUGGACAAAAGCCAGGUUCCCUUUCUGAGCCCUUCAUACACGUUGGCUCCCAUGUAUCAUCAGGCUGACAGCUCUGGUGUGGAGUACCCAGCGCCCCUCUUGCACCUCCACACACAGUUCGGCGUGCUGGGAUACGGCCCCAUUCACUCCUUCCCUCCCUUCCAGGAGGUCGAACGUUUCCGCCCGGCGUACCUGGGCUCAAAGUCUCUGAAGCACCUUCCGAACGUGGACCCCCCUCAGAUCAGGUAUCUUGCCUCCGAGAGGGAGUUUAAAAAAUACAGGGCUCAACUCUCUGCCAGCUCCUCGGCAACUGGAAAACACAAUGGAGCAGGAGCGAUGGGAAUGACAUCCAACUCUGAAACUCCAUGGAAAAACUCUCAGCAAAGCCGGAGUAAAAGCGUUAAGACUGCACACGACUGCUGUGUGUUUCUGCGAUGCCCUCUGUGUCGGGAGGAGUUGAAGCGAGGAGACGUACAGCAGCACCUCCAGCAGGAACUGGAGAGAUUAUCUGCCCUCAACCCCAGUUGUUGCGACUCGAAGCAGGGAGGUGAAUCCGACAUCUUCCAAGGCAGAAUAACCAACACAAUCCCAAUUUCUGUUUGCCCACAGACCUUCCAGCAAGUAAAGAUUAACAGAGAAAGUCGGCUGAAUGCCAGAGCAAAGCGGUGCAAGCGGACCAGACCAGAUGAGGAGCAGAUCACCAGCCCCUUUUCCAAGGAUCCCAGGUUCGAGGAAGACAGCUUUGCUGGAAAUCACUAUGUGGAAUAUACGUGGCAGAGUGUGGGCAGGAACAACACACAGCCGCUACUGGGACUGAAAGAGCCAGCUCCCCAGCUGUGCUCCAGGUGUUUCCUUGACCAGGACGUGUGCAGGUGUUCCACAGCAGACAGCCCAGAAGGCCACUCACAGAAGCCAAUGGAAGCACAGGAUAAGGACACUGCUGUGCUGAGGAUGAUGAGUUUGGAUGAGGAAGAAGGAGUCACAUCGGAAAUCUUAAAGGCGAGGAUCAGUGAGCUCACACAGAGGCUACAGAGGAGAGAGACAUACAGGUGCCAUGUGUGUAUGAGGAGAGGCAACCUGUUACCGAGAAACUCUUCAGAUCCCAUAGGGAAGGUGAGUGAGGGAGAGUCUGACCGUCAGGGCUACCGGGACGGUCCCAGGUUGUACAGCCCGCCCCGGAAUUACCAUGGCUCUGACAGAAGCAGUUCUACCUUCCAUCAGCUCGUUUGCCAAUCCCAUCAACUUUCAGGAGAAGCAAGACGAGAUCAUAAAGCGGAGGUGAACGCACCGAUCCCGCGGACCAGCGGAGGGCAGCGAGGAAGCUCGGGGACGCAGUGGUGGGAAGUCGAGGACAAUUCAACAAAACUGAACUCUGUCAGCAGCAAGAGCUCUGUCGGAGAUGGACCCAGGCUGCUUCUCACACCUGAGCAAAUCAAACGGGAGGACGAAGACUUCAGCUCGUUCUUGGACCUCGAUCUCCUCCUGUCAGACCUUUCUGGUGCAGAAACUGGUGCCAGCACACUCAUGGCUCCUGGUUACCCACUGGCACAGGUGCCGGAGGGCAGCGGUGGCAAACUCAAGAGGGAAACCCAUCAGCCCACGGACUGGAAUAACUCGAACACACCAGGCACCAGCCUCGUGGCUGAACUCCUGUCUGCUGAUGUCCAAACCAGCCAACUGGGACCCGGCAACCAGGUGGGUUGUGUAGACCCUCACAGUAAGACCUACACCAACUUGGGAGGCGUGGACCAGGGAGUUUCUGGCCCGCAGGUGGAGAAACCGGUGACCUGCUCACCCAUAGCAACCGGUCACGGGAUUCCGAAGCAAGGCCGCAUGGCUUCAGUCUCCUCCAGCGCCAGUCCACUGGCGGAUCACAGGCCUGUCCUGAUGCCGAGGAACCACCCUGCCCACCAGUUCUACCCUCCUGGAGAUCUGAGGACCCAGCCCAGGAGCCAACACAUAUCUCAGUACCAUCUACCUGAGCAUUAUCGGCAUCAGCCCCACCUCCAGCAGCAGGGGUCCCUCAAUUACCACGUGCUCUCCCGGUAUCCCUCCUACUACCCUCAGCAGCCUCUGCACCACUACCAGGGGCAGAUUCACUUCUACACGUCCAACCACAAGGGGCCCUUACCUGGCCACGCCACCAUCUCGUCGACACCGUCCCCCCUCGCUGGCUCCGUACUGCCGACCGGCACUCCCGAGGAGCCCAAGCACAAGCGGACUCGGAAGACCUGGGCGCGGAAGAGAGCGGCCACCCACAACUGCGAAUAUCCUGGCUGCGGGAAGGUCUACACCAAGAGUUCCCACCUGAAGGCCCACCUUCGCACCCACACAGGAGAGAAGCCGUAUCACUGUACCUGGGAAGGCUGUGGCUGGAAGUUUGCCCGCUCCGAUGAGUUAACCCGCCAUUACCGGAAACACACGGGCCACCGACCCUUCCAGUGCCACCUGUGUGAGAGGGCUUUCUCCCGGUCGGACCACCUGGCUCUCCACAUGAAGAGGCACAUGUGAACUACCCAGUCCCCACCCCCGGCCCCGCCGCACACGGACAACCUCCCACGGUGACCACACAACCCCCUCUCCCCCAACUCCCACCGAGGAGAGCGGAUAGGGGGGUGCAGCGCCUGGGUCGGACGGAGACACAGAGCCACAAGCCACUUGGGAGGGG